GUUCAGUCCACAGCUGAGAGAGAUUCCUCACUAUCAGUGUGCUCUCCACUGAGUCAUCAUGAAGUUUGUUGCUGUGAUUCUUGCCAUUGCAGUCAUUUCAGGCUGUCAUGGACGCUCCCUGUUUAAGGAUGAACCUGAACACAGUUGGGAGAAGACGGUGAAUAAGUUCUGGGAGCAGGUCUCUAAAGCUCAGAACAUGAAAUCCUCUGAGCUUCGCAAAGAGCUCGAUUCACUGAUCAGCGAAAGCAUGGGCGAGCUGCAGAUGUACGCGGAUGACGUGCACUCAAAGGUGGCACCGUACGCCCAAGAGAGUGCUGAUGAGGUGAUUGAGGACCUGAAGCUGCUGGCCAACAAGCUGCGCACGCAUAUGGAGGAGGCGAGAGAUAAAAUAACUGAAUAUGGCAAGGAGCUUCAGACCGUAGUGGAGCAAAGCGCAGAUGAUGUCAAGAACAAAGUCGGCGCAUACCUGAAGAAACUGAAAAAACGCCUUACCAAGGACACCCAGGAGAUCAAGGAUAAAAUAGAAACCUUCUUUGAGGAGAUCCGCUCUCGUGCUGCCGAGCAUCUGGAUGACAUCGGGAACCGUCUCUCAGAUUUCUUCGGCUCGAUACGCGAAAGCGCCAAAGACAAGUUCAACAAACUCAAAGAUCUAGUCAAUAUCCAAGCUGAGGACGUAAAAGAGAAGCUGGAGGAAUUCAGAGAUCAAGUCGAAGAGACCAAAAAGAAAUUGUGCGACUCAUUCCGUAAAAAAAUGGAAGAUGUGAAAAAAUGGUUCGGCUACUAAGGAGAAGCUGCGGAUUGAUGAGAGAUUUACACCAAACAUGAACUAAGUAAUAGAAAAAAACAAAAAAUUGAGGCUAUAUAGCAAAAAACUACAUAUACGACACUUUUCCAUUGCUUGGUACCCUACAAUACAAUAAGGUGUGUAUCAAAACCCAGAACUAAUGUGCUGUUGCUCAUUCCUGGUUUCAAAAGGGUAUCAAUGAGUGUAAAAAGAGUUCGUUGUAGGUACGCAAUGGAUGCUUUUCAGUUGUGCCCACCUAAAUAAAAUCUAUUCCAGUUGGGUUUUAAA